AUGUCCUCUUCUAGGCAUUACGUGGAUUCAGCCUUGCAAAAAGCCCACCAAACGUAUCAAUCCCGCAACCCCAACUCAGCCAAAAUCCACCAGGAUGCUUCUCAGUACCUACCGGGUGGAAACACUCGCACUUCUCUAUAUACGCAGCCCUUCCCUCUUAUCAUCACAUCGGCGAGAGGUAGCAAACUUACUUCUGCGGAUGGACACUCAUACACGGACUUCCUAAGUGAAUACAGUGCCGGUGUCUUUGGGCAUUCUAACGCCGAAAUCGCCCAGGCAGUCAAAGAUACCUUGCAGAGAGGAUGGAACUAUGGAGCUGAGAAUGUGUACGAGAAACAACUUGCUCGUAAGAUCGUUGACCGUUUCGGUCCCAGCGGCGUGGAGCUAGUGCGAUUCACGAAUUCGGGGACAGAGGCUAAUACAGUGGCUAUUGGUGCGGCGAUCGCCUGGACAGGGAGAAAGAAGGUUCUUGUGUUUAGUGGAGCAUAUCAUGGAUCUACCUUUGAGUUUCCAAUGGAUUUUUGUCGCCGGUGGUGGCAGCGUCAUGGGUUCGGUUCUAACAAGGACGGCCAGCAGGUAUACGAAAUGAAGACUCUCAACCUCCCCCACGAGUUUGUGGUGGCGCCAUUUAACAAUAUUGCUAAAACAGAGCAUAUUAUCAAAGAAGUGGCUGCGCAUGAUAAUCUGGCUGCUAUUUUGAUCGAGCCAGUCCAGGGGUCCGGGGGAUGUCGGCCUGCCUCAGUUGAGUUUUUGCGAUUCCUCCGCGACACUGCCGAUCGACUAGGUGCAUUACUCGUUGUUGACGAGGUUAUGACUUCGCGGCUGUCUUUCUCGGGGUACAUCUCGUCUUUGGGCAUCAAAGCUGACUUAAUCACUUUCGGCAAGUGGAUUGGGGGAGGCAUGUCAUUUGGGGCAUUUGGGGGAAGGCGAGACAUUAUGGAGAUGUUCAACCCUGCACGCAAUGCCGAAGAAGACAAGUUGAUUCAUCCAGGUACUUACAACAAUAACAUUUUCACUAUGUCUGCAGGUGUUGUCGGAUUGGACAUAUUCGAUGCGGAGAAGGUUCGAAAUCUCAAUUUGAAAGGGGAUACAAUCAAGGAUGGCGUCACAAGAAUUUUACAGGAUACCGACAUAUAUCCUCGUAGACAAGACCGCUUUUUGGAAGAUGUUAUUGAGUUUGACGACUUCGACGGAGAUACACACCUCUACAAAGGCACCAACAGUCAGUCAAGGUUGGCGGAAGGUGAGCCAUUGCCUCGUAUGUUGAUUUCGAGUAGCGGAAGUCUCUUGAAUGUGAAAUUCACUGGCCCGAAUGCGGAGAUAUGGCAGGGGUUGUACUUUCAUCAUAUGCUAGAGAGGGGAGUAUAUAUUGCUAGUCGGGGGUUCACACCUUUGAACAUCGAAUUGACCGACGCUGAUGUCGAAAUAUACAUCUCGGCUGCGCGUGACUUUAUUCUCCAGCACCAAUUUGAAUUGACGAGGUAG